CUGACCCUCAACACCUCAUCAGUUCGCCGCUGUGCUACACAUUGAACUCAAACCAUGUCACCAGGCUCCGCGGCCGGACCGCUCCGUCGCUCUUCCCGUCUUCUGGAGAAGAAGAGUACUUUGACUGUGCAGGACGACGCUGACGUCACUGAAGAAGACUCGAACGUUGACCGCAUCCCCGAACCGCCGCCCAAACGGCGUCGCAAGAAUGCUUCGAAAGUCUCAAAUCAAGUCGCACGGCAGGACACUACAUCGAGAGGAAGGAGGAAGUCUCUCAGCAAACUACCGGACAUGCCGCUAGACAUUCUCUACGAGGUGUUCUCUCACUUGCAUCCGUAUGACUUGCUGCGCCUGGCGCGGACCACCAAGGCAUUCCGGAGGCUGCUCUUGAGUCGUUCUUCAAUUACGAUAUGGAGGGAGUCGCUUGCAUCCGUUCCCGGCCUUCCUGAGUGUCCACCUGACUUAACAGAGCCCUCCUACACCAACCUUCUAUUUGACCCGCACUGCCAUUUUUGCGUGAAAGCGCGUGUUAUGACUGUGAUGUGGGCAUGCCGACUGCGAUGUUGCAAGUCGUGUCUCAAAGACAAUUUCAUCGAGCUCGUUGACAUCUUCCGGACUAUCGGACCACCUAGUUGGCUCAAACCCGGAGCGAUGCUCCCAGCGGAACAAAUCAACAAUAGGCUAUUGUUCCCGAAGUUCAAGUUCGACGAGCUUCUCGAACGCAUCGCAGAAUGCGAAGGAGAUGAAGAGAAGCUUAAGGCGCUCGAGGAGCAGCGCAUACAGCUCGUCAUUGACCAGGAAAAGAGUGCUGAGAUGCUGGAAGAUUGGCAGGAUGAAGCGAAACACGACCGCUAUAUAGAUAAGCUUCAGCUGCGCUUACGACGCCAGCACCAGAUAUUCGCGCGGCUGUGUGCCUUAGGCUAUGCCUUGGACCUUCAGGCCAUGACGCCCGAGAUGUUUGAUCACUUCUUGGACCAUCCAUCCGUAAAACAGCCAAAGGAACUCACCGAUCGCAUCUGGAACAACAUCAAAGAAUCCAUGGUUGCCUUUGCGGAAUCAGCUCGCGCCGAUCGCCUCAUGCGCAAGCACGCAGAGGAGUACAUCAAUCGCCUGGAACUCAUCCGGGACGCUGUGUCGGACUACCUCUCGCAGUACCCUCUCUGGGAGAAUCUGCCCUCGGUUGCAGACUUUUCGUGGUACACGCCGUUCAAGGACAUCAUCAUGAACCGUGAGCGUGGAGUGUUCUUUGGGAAGGCCGCCUUGCCACCCGAAACGCUCAACCCGGCGCUGGAUAAAUUUGUUCGACAAUGGCAGCUAGACAUGCGGCGACGUUUGUACGAAAUGAUCCCUGUUGCAGCGCGUCCUGUGGAGGCGGAGAGGGUGAUCAAACGUGUCAAAGAGGAGUUUGUGAACAACGAAGGCUCGUCGGCGGAGACUACCGAGGCUGCAAAGGACGAGAAGUACAAAGAGCAAGAGCAAAUCCUGAUCGCUCUUUCCCUUGCCACAACCUGGUUCAGGUGCGGACACUGCGCUUGCCUACUCGACUAUCCCCGCGUGCAAGCCCACCGAUGCCUCAAGACGGGACCUGCGAUCAAGGUGGACCGAAAGACGGACGCCGACGACCGGGCGAAUGCGUACAACAUCGUUCUAAAGGAAUUCCCGUGGAACUACACUGGAGACAAAGUCUCCUACGACGAGGAGGCGAGAGCUGCCGCGGAGAAGGUCGUGCGUGCGUACGGGCGCGACCCCAAGAAGACGGAGGCCUUCGACAUCGAUAUUUACUCGCCCAGAUUUGCGUGCGGGGAGUGCAGCCGGGACGGUCGCGUCUAUGUCAUGCCGUGGAGGGUUGCAGUUGCCCACCUGUCUGACCACAGAGGCAAGGACGUGAAGAUCACGCUUCUCAAUGACCGCGACAGAGAUUAUGCCCAGGAUCGUGAGCGAGACUACAUGAAGGCAUAUUUCAGCGAUGUCUACAAGAUCUGGGGCUGCGUCCGCUGUCGGGGCGAUGCCAUGCCCCUGCGCGAUGUACUAGAGCAUUGCAUCUCGGAACACGACAUCCAAUAUCCGGGGGAAGAAGAGGAUUGGGACCUUCACCCGGAUGCCGAAACAUCGCUAGGCGUUCCUGCGCAGGCCAUGCCGUACCCAGAGGCUGCCCUAACUACUCCAAUUCAGCAUUGAGAUUACCCUGAUAUCGCCAUCAGUAGAGCAUACUUUAUCCUCGUAAUCCCGUAUCUAACACACUAAUUCGAUCUGUAUGCUUGCUGAAUGCUAGCUCUCAAUUCUUAUCCUAAAGGCUCCGCAGAUCUGUCAAUCAUCCGUAGUCUACAAUCCGACUGAAGCCGUUCUCUCCCCGCACGUCGACUUGAACUCCAUUCUGAUAGCAUCUUCGUAGACUACCAAGGCAUCAUCGAGAUCAAGAUACCUCGCCGUAAUUUACUCAUGUCCUCACCUGUUAAUCCUAUC